AUGUUGAAUGUCCUAGCUCUCCUGUGCCCCAUUCAAGUCUUCCAUACCUUUGAGCACCAUUUCCUCUUCAUCUCUAUUCUUAGUCUCAUAGAACUGGGAUCAGGUCAGUUUCAGGUGAUUGGCCCAAAUAAGUCUAUUCAGGCUUUGAUAGGAGAAGAUGUCCUGUUCUCCUGUCAUAUCUCUCCCAAGAUGAAUGUGAAGGACAUGGAGGUGAGGUUCUUCAGAAACCAAUUCUCUUCUGUGUUACUUCUCUACAAAGAUGGAAAAGAAAUAGAUGAAAGGCAAAUGCAGGAAUAUCAAGGAAGAACCCAAUUUAUGCAAGAUGCCAUUGCUGAAGGGGCAGUCUCCUUAAAACUAAAGAGCAUAACCUCUUCAGACAUGGCAACAUAUGGAUGUUGGUUCAGUUCCAAAACUUUCUUUCAAGAGUACACUUGGGAGCUACAGGUAGCAGCUCUUGGGUCAACCCCUCUUAUCUCACUUGAGGGAUACAGAGAUGGAGGGAUAUUGCUGGUUUGUCAAUCAUCUGGGUGGUUGCCUCAGCCCAAAAUACAAUGGAGAUAUGAUCCAGAACAAUAUUUGUCACUAAACUACACAGUGAAUCAAGAUGAUCAUGGCCUCUUUUCCAUAGAAACCAGACUUACUAUAAAAGAACAUUCCAAUAAGAACAUUUCAUGUUUAGUACUGAACCUUGCCCUUGGACAAAAGAAGGAAUCCAGACUACAGGUAGCAGAUCACUUUUACCAGACCUCCCCUUGGAUCCACGGUUUCUUUAUAAUGAUGUUUCUCUUCUUUGCUGCCCUUAUUUUUCUAAUUUUUGUCAACUAUAAUCAAGAGAAAAUUAAGAAAACAUUGGACUUGAAGGAAAAACUGAAAAAGGCAGAAUGGAUCACAGCCACUGCAUAUUCAGUGGAAGUUACUCUGGAUCCAGAUACUGCUCAUCACAAACUCCGUGUAUCUGAAGAUAGGAGAUCUGUGACAUAUAAAGAUGCGAUGACAUGUGAAGACAAAGGACUUGAAAAUAAGAGAUUUCAGUUUCCAUGUGUAGCGGCCUCACAGAGUUUCUCCUCUGGAAAACAUUACUGGGAGGUGGAGGUUGGGAAGUUGACGAAUUGGUACCUGGGGGUAUGUUGGAAUGAUGUGACCAGGGAGAAAGAGAAAGUCCUAUUCUCUCCUGACAAAGGCUACUGGAUUUUGGGGCUAUGGAAUGAAUAUGAGUAUUUUACAUACACCCCCUAUAGAAAAGCCCUCAGUCUCUCAGUACAGGCCCAUAGAGUAGGAGUUUUCUUAAACUAUGAGGACAGAGAAAUCUCUUUCUUCAAUGUGAAUGAUAGAUCACACAUCUACACAUUCUCUAACUGUGAUUUUAAGAAGAAAGCCCUCUACCCAUGCUUCUGUCCUCAUGAAAGUGAUAGCCAUCCAAUCCCCAUGUCUAUUUCUACAAUGUUACCUGUACCUUCAGAAAAUUAUAAUUUUCAGAGUACCAUAUUGUCCUCUAGUAAUGAUGACAACACAUACCCACAGAUAACUCAAUGCCUUCUUUCUAGCACCUCUUGCCGCCCCAAGAGACUUUAA